AUGCCAUUGGGAGGGAGACGAUGCAUAAGAUGCGGGCGGCUCGCUUUUCUAUUGGUUUUAUUGGCAUUUCUGUUUAUGAUGGAUGCAUCUUUUUCAUCGGCGAUGGGGGCGAACACGGUUCACGUAGGGAGGGCGACGUGUGGCACGACGAUUCCAAUCGACAGCCAUUGGGUGACUGGACCCAUGUGGUCCUUCCGGGGGCUUGCAUCGGGCUCCUUCUCGCGUCGGACGAGUACUGUGGACUCCGCGCUUAUUUUUGGACGAGCCUACAUGAGUGAAGAAAUGGAGUUUAUUCUAAACUCUGAGGCGGGCAUGGGCCCGAACAGCGUUGUUGUUUUCGAAUUGAAUACAAAUUUGGAGCUGGAGAGUGAAUGUGAGUUCUACUGGUCUCCGCUGAAGGCGGCAAUGGACGGCACGGAAAUAACUGCAGCGCGUGUGAUGGCUCUGGGCGCCAGUGCCGGAUCUUCGUGCCCCAUGCCAUUUGAGGUUGAGGUCUCGCUUUUGUACGAUGAGGAGGUGUCACAUUUUCUGCGGGUUGAUCCCAUUAAAGGCGGGACAAAUUCCGUUAGUUUCUCAACGAAAGACAUGAAAUGGCCAGUCAUUUUCCGUGUCCCAGAUAAAUGUGAGGUCUACUUGCUUUUACUCACGAACCGCCAAGGAUCCAUUCAUAGAUGGUAUGUGUGGAUCCCUGCGACGGUGUUUACAGCGUUUGCACUGCUAUUUUUCACCACGGUCAUGCUACUUCCGCGUGAUUUGCCAUGCGUCAUAACGGCUAUUGUCAUGACACUUUUCUUUGUGGGCUAUCUUGGGAGUUGCAUUGGUCUCGUGAUGGAAAUAUUGUCUUGGCAAAGCGGCCUUGGAGUCAUGUUUCCUUUUCCUGAAGCCGUUACCCUUUACUGUUGUCUGCCAAUUUUUUAUCUGCUGCUCUCUGUCGUGGUGCUGCUGCGGCAUCGUCAUCGUGGCAUCUUAAUUCGAGCUCUGUUGCGCCUUGCAGUCUACGGAUUGAACUGUGCACUCUGCUGCGGGUACUGGGUGGCAGGGGACGUCUUGCUUGGCUCGCUGACGCUGCUGCAGUUUCUCUUGUCAAACCUGUUUUUGUCCGCCAUCUACUCCUACUUUGCCGUCAUCCUUGAGCGGUCGAAUUUCCCAGUGGAGCCGCUCCCCAAUGCGAUCGGAUUUCUCUGGUUUGCCCCGCUCACUCCCUUUGCUCCAUGCCUUUUGAUGUACUACGAUCUGUACAUGAUGAAGGAAUGCGGCCGAACAAACGUCAGCUUCGCGUUAGUGGUGAAGGAGACAGUGCUGAUGUACGACACAUUGACCUCCUUCCCACUUCUUUUUCUGCAAAAUAUAUGGGGCAUUGCGUUGCUGGCCACUGCCGCUGCGUACCACAUGCCGUUUCUUGUCCUCCUCUUUGCAUCCCUCCUGCUCUUCACGCUGCACUUCAUUCUGUCGGUCAAGCAGUACGUCAAAUCGCGCCGUCUUUGGAUACACCAUGACGAUAUAAGGGGGGGAAAAGGCCAAUUUUCUUUCUUGUGCGAUUGGUGCACGCUGUGGACUUCACUGGAGCAUUGCGUUUGCAGCGUCCUUCGCCAAACCCCAACGGAAACAGAAGACCGACGAGGAUGCUACCCGAUGACAGCGGUGAGCGGUGACAGGCAAGAUGGACGCACAUGCGGGGUGUCCGCGUGGCAAGCUCAUGGGACCAACGGGGAUGAGGCGCCGUAUUCGUCUUUAUCUACAGAUAUGGGCAUUGAGGGACGGGAGCAGAAUGGCGUCUAUUGGCCAGCAAGUGUCAGCAUGUAA